UUCAGGGACUCAUCUCACCAUCAAGGAUGGACACUUAUCUACGACACAUGAAGCCCGAUUCCACCUACAGACUUACCAAUUUUUUUGGUUCUAAGACUAAGAAGGUGUAUCGGGUUGCUGAUCCAGACGUGACCAUUGCGUUCUCAUGGAAGUCUGCCCUCUCCGAUCUCACAGACAGUUCGACUUGGUUUCCUGAAGACCGUUUUUGUUUCCAUGGUUAUGAACAGUUCGAAGCGGCCUGUGACCUUAAAGGGGAUCUGUAUGAUUUUAUUGGUCAUAUCAAAUUGGUGAAUGAGCAGGCUCUUAACGAGAGUCUUGUGCUUGACGAAGUCGAGAUAGCUUCUGAUCGGCGAAUUUUGGUUCAUGUUCAGACACAUGAGUGAGUCAUCUAAGAUUUAUGCUCUGGACGUAUACUUCUUUGUUUAAUAAAUGUGUUCUCUUCGAUGCAGUGGUCCUGUGAUGAAGCUCUACAUAUAGGACAAGGUAGCAACA